UGUGUCUCACACUUACUGCAGCCGCGAGUGAACAGGUGAACAUGAGUUCUUCAGUCGCUCUGACAGCGGACGUUUGCUCAUGGAUGGAGUGGAAUAAGUCUAUCACAGUUUGAUGUUAUUUUAUUUUUUUAAACGAUGAAGGUGUUUACUUCCGUGGAGUGUUGGACAGUUUUCAGCUCACACGCUUUUGCUAUUUUCUGAAGCCAACUAAUUCAUCAUCUACAUCAUCUGUUUUUUUUAGCAUUUGAGUUUUCUGUCUGUAUUAUUUAAAAUGGCUUUUGCAAAAUUCAGCAAGAUCCUCAGACUUCCUACAAUUGAAGUGAAGAAGAAAACCAAACAAUAUGAGCACGUUCAUCGGGAUGUAAAUCCGAACGACAUUUGGGAAAUUAUCGGGGAACUGGGCGAUGGCGCUUUCGGCAAAGUUUAUAAGGCCCAGAAUAAAGAAACCGGAGCACUAGCUGCAGCCAAAGUCAUUGAAACCAAAAGUGAAGAGGAGCUGGAGGACUACAUGGUGGAGAUCGACAUCUUAGCGUCCUGCAACCAUCAGUACAUCGUCAAACUGCUCGAUGCCUUCUUCUAUGACAACAAACUGUCGAUAAUGAUCGAGUUUUGCCCCGGAGGUGCGGUGGAUGCCAUCAUGUUGGAGUUGGACAGGGGUCUUCAGGAACCUCAGAUUAAAGUGAUCUGUAAACAAAUGCUGGAGGCUCUCCAGUAUCUCCACAGCAUGAAGAUCAUCCACAGAGACCUGAAGGCUGGAAACAUCCUCCUCACACUGGACGGAGACAUCAAGCUAGCGGAUUUUGGAGUUUCUGCCAAAAACACCAAAACCCUUCAAAGACGAGACUCUUUUAUCGGGACGCCAUAUUGGAUGGCUCCAGAAGUGGUGAUGUGUGAGACCAUGAAGGACGCUCCAUACGACUACAAAGCCGACAUCUGGUCACUGGGGAUCACGCUGAUCGAGCUGGCUCAGAUAGAGCCGCCCCACCACGAGCUGAACCCCAUGAGGGUCUUGCUAAAAAUUGCCAAGUCUGAGCCGCCCACCCUGGACCAUCCUGCCAAGUGGUCAAUGGAAUUUAACGAUUUCCUGAAAACAGCUUUGGAGAGAAACCCCGAGACGAGGCCGACGGCUGCUCAGCUUCUAGACCAUCCUUUUGUCAGUUCGGUGAAGACCAACCGUCCGCUGAGAGAGCUGGUGGCCGAGGCCAAAGCCGAGGUCAUGGAGGAGAUCGAGGACAAUCAUGAAGAAGGAGAAGACGAGGACCCUGCUGACCACUCACCUGUACGGGCCCCCAUCAAAGACCCGUCAGAAACCAGCGAGACCAGUUUAUUUGGGGACCAUCGCCACAAUGAAACUCCAGUUGAGCUUGAGGAGGAGCCCAGGACUCCUGUGUCCACAGAAACUCCUUUGAAAGAGCAGGAGGACAAUCUCAGCGACAAGUUUCCAGAGGAGGAUCACGACAAACCUGAGAGCGAGGCGUCCGGCAAGACCUCCAGCUCUGACUCCGGCAUUGAGGAUGGAAAAAGUACGCCGACGUCUGAGGAGGACACCAAGGCGGUCGAGAGCUCCGAACCAGAGCUUCCUAUGCUGAGAACAACAGAACCCUCGGAGUCAUCAGAGUCUUCCUCAGAAACCACGGAGCAGCCCUCGGCAUCAGAGAAACCGGAGGAACCGGAGAAGGAAGAAGGUCACGGUGCAAUGGAAACGCCUAGCCAGCAACCGCACGUGGCACCGAACCGAACCGAGUCCAAGGAGCCGAGCAAACGCAUGUCUGAGAUGAGCGACAGAUCCUCAUUGGCUGGUGAGGAUGUGGAAAGUUUGCUUUCUCACGCCAACGGCAGGUUAUCAAAACGAUACUCCGAUGUGACCAGUGAGAGCAUGGACAUCAGUCUGAACAUGUCAGGUGACAUGUCCGUCAACAAAGACUUGGGCACCAUCUCUUUACGGGACAACAAGAAGACGCUCAAACGCACACGUAAGUUCUUGGUGGACGGCGUGGAGGUCAGCGUCACCACCUCUAAAAUCAUCACUGAUGAUGAGAAGAAAGACGAGGAAAUGAGGUUCCUCAGGCGUCAGGAGCUCAGAGAUCUGCGUCUCCUGCAGAAAGAGCAGCAUCGCGCUCAGGCUUUGCUCAACAUGAAGCUGAAGGAGCAGCGGGAGCAGAUGCAGCGCAGAUUCGACCAGGAGAUGAAUGUGAGUGUCACAGACGUCCAUCGGCCACAGAAGCCCGUCUGCCGCCACAAACACAUAAAAACAGAUCUAGACAAAACUUCACUACCAAGAAAAAAAUUCUACGACACAGAGCUGGAGAUGCUGGAGAAACAGCAGAAACAGACCAUUGAGAAAAUGGAGACGGACCACACCGUACGCCUGCGAGAGGAGGGGAAACGCAUCCGUGCCGAACAAGAGAAAGCCUACCACAAGUUCCUGGACCAGAUGAAACACCGCAAGAAAGAGGUCAAACAAGAAGUGGAGAAAAUGCCCAGGAGUCAGAGGAAAGAAAGCAUGAAGGUCAAAAUGAGCAACUUUCAGCAGACAAAAUUAGAGGAGGAGGAGAAGUUCCUGGCGGAUCAGAGAGAUUACCUGGACUCGACUCUGAAGAGCAUCAUCGCUCAAAACAAGCGGGAAAUCUCUGAGACGGAGCGCCAGUGUCUCAUCAGCAAACAGGCUCUGCUUAGAGAGCGAGAGGCCACCAUCUGGGAGCUGGAAGAGAAGAGCUUGCAUGAGAGACACCAGCUCCUCAAACAGCAGCUGAAGGACCAGUACUUCCUGCAGAGACACCAGCUCCUCAAGAAACACGAGAAGGAGCAGGAGCAGAUGCAGUGCUACAACCAGCGUAUGAUUGAGCUCCUCAAGGCCCAACAGCAACAGCAGAAGAACAGGCUGCCCAAGAUCCAGCGCAGCGAGGCCAAAACACGCAUGGCCAUGUUCAAGAAGAGCCUGAGAAUCAACUCCACCGGAAGCUCAGCGGAAGACCGAGAGAAGAUCAAGCAGUUCUCUAGGCAGGAGGAGAAGAGGCAGAAGGCCGAGAGAUUGCACCAGCAGCAGAAACACGACAACCAGAUGAAAGCGAAGAUCAGCGAGUGUGAGGGAAACGCCAGAGAACUGCAGCAGCUGCAGAAUGAGAAAUGUCACCUGCUGAUAGAAAACGAAACGCUGCGUCUGAAGACUCUGGAUGAAGACCACAACCAGCAGAUGAAGGAGUGGAAGGAACGCCUCAAGCCCAGGAAGAAGGUUCUGGAGGAAGAACUAAACCUGAGGAAGAAAGAACAGGAGCUUUUCUUCAAGAUGAACGAAGAUUCUGAGUCUCACACUGUCGGCACACUAAGUAAAGUCACAAAGUUCUUGCCGUACACUGACUCGUCCACCACAUGAUCUCCUGCGUCGAUCCGCACCGCUCUCGCCAAGUAUUUGAGCUUUUGAUUUUGGUUAGUGACACUUUUCUGGAGUCAGAUUUCUCUGUAAAUGCACAAGAAUCAGUGAAUGCAGUUCAAAGCAGCGGUGAAACAUCGAUCACAUCAUGCUGAAGCCAAAAAAAGCAUUUGACUAAUACCAAGAACACACAUACUGACUAAUACAGCAUCUCUUCAAAGUACACUUACCAACAUUGAGCUUUAUUCUUUUAAUAGUGACCAACACAGAUGAAAGUACUUUGAUGUAUUCAUUUAAAGGCAGGGAUUUUGUACUGGUGAACAAGAAACGAGGGCACUGGACCGAUUAACUAGAACAACUAGUUUAUCUACCACUCAAGGUCUGACAGACUCGCUCGCCUUAGUUUAUUUAACAGCUACUGUUGUAAUUUUAUCGUUAUAGGUUAGCAAAAAGUGUAUUGCCAAAGAUAUUGUACAAACCUUGCAUAUUCUUAUAUAUUUGUAUUUUUUCUAUGAUCAUUUAAUAUAUACAUUUACAUUAAAAUUGCAACUCAUCACUUUUUCUUUUAUAACCAGUUUCCUUGUACAAAUGUUUAAAUGCUGAAAAAAGGAAUUUAUGUUUUAAUUUUUUUGAACUGCUGCACAGUUUUUCUUUACUAAAGUGAAAAGUAUAAUUUUAAUUGGUACAGUAAGUUAUUUUACUGAAUGUUUUUUGUCCUUUUAUGUAUUAGACAGCAACUAAUUUGCCACUUUUAUUAUUACGUCCAUCCAAAUGUGAGUUAUCGUCUGCCACAGGACUGUCAGUGGCACAUUUACUGUAAAUGCAUCACACUGGACGAGACAAGAGCGAUGACACCCAGAGUUUUAUGCAUGUUUUCUUGAGUUUAUUGUUCAUUGUUUUUAUGUGUUGCUGUUUAAAGCACUGUCACCUAACCGAAGUGCAAUAUAUUGUUGUGUUCCGAUUUUAUACACGUGUUAUUUUACAAGAGAUUCCUUUCUUUAGCUGUUCGAAGGAUUUCUGUGUACCAAACCAAUUCCUGAUGCCUGAAGGUACGAGGAUUUUACAUCUUUUUUGUCUGUGGAGCACAACGUGGAUCGUUACUUUCGGAGUCUGUAACUCUGUGUAACCAAAGGUUCAGUGUGGAUGAUGUAAGAAACUGUUGUCCUACCAGAGUAUCUAUAAUAAAUGAGAUGUUUAUUAUUCA